AUCAACACUUCUGGAAAUUUUGUCCUUUUGAAAAAUUUGCUGCUGCCGCAGAUCAUUAGAACUCCUCACGGUCACUAAAUCCUAUCAUACUUUCGACCAAGUUCAUAUGGCAUUGAGCAUUCCUGCUACGAUCUGUAACUAUUGUGCUCCAUAUCAUAAUCCCCUUUAAUCGGUGAAACAAAGGCAAUACUUCAGCAAUGGGUGUUAGAGGUCUGCAAACUUUUGUUCGAGAGAACCGUGGAUCAUUAUGCCGUUCUGUUCUCUUACCCGAGAGAGAUCCGCAAGGAUCUCAGAGAGGUAGUAUACCACUCAUAGUAGAUGCAUGGGGUGUAAUAUUCAAAUUAUAUCUUGACAGUUUACCAUGGGCGUCCGGCGGAGAAUAUCUUCGUUUCUAUCAGAUAACGAAGCAGUUAAUCACUGCUUGGCGGAAGGUGGGACUGGAGCCGACAUUUGUGUUUGACGGUGCUGCCCCCAUUGAGAAACAUCCAACGAUUCUCAAACGAAUGACAGAAUCUCUUUCUACUCCCAAACUGUUUUACGCAACCUCUGUUUCAUCUCGAUCGGAACCUUCUUUCGGCCGUGGUUACUCUACUAAACCACUUCUUCCGCCAUUUGCUUCACACGCAUUCAUCUUUGCUCUCCAUCGCCUAGGUGUGGCCACCCAUCAUGUUCCGUCUGGGGAAGCGGACAGUGCCUGCGUUACGAUGGCUGAGAGGAUCGGGGGAUACGUCUUGGGGCAAGAUACUGAUUUUCUGAUAUUAGUAGGAAAAUCAGAAAGAGUGGCCGGCUAUGUCCCAUUGGACAUGCUGAGUUGGAUCGAAGGCGAAGUCUCGGAAGAAGAAGCUCAAGACGAUAAGCUGGGACAAUCACCUACCAAGACCUUCAGGCCUGCAUACGGCAGAAGAAAGAAAUCACAUACACCGCGACAAUCGUCUCUUCUUCCCCCUCCCAAUUAUCACCACGCUACGCUUGUUAUGACGGUCAUCCCGCCUCAAACUCUUCGCCAGCGCCUUCGUCUUCCUGCCAACUAUAUGGCACUCUUCGCAUCCCUGGUCGGUAACGACUACACACCUCCUGAAGCCCUUCAGCGCUUUUAUGAACCUAGCUUGGACGUUUGCCAGCGUAUUGAAAAGGCGGCAAGAGUCUUACGCGAGCAGUUGUUCAGUCCUUCUGCCAACAGCCGAAGAAAUGUAAAUCCCGGUGAUUUCGUUGUGGAGCUGGUCAGGCGUGUUGUCAAGAAACUCUGUAUAUGGCAAUAUGACACGGAACCAGACUUGUUGAGAGCCGUUAAUAGCAUUAUUGAAGCUGCUCUGCAGUAUACCUCGCCUCACGGAGGCGAAUGCUGUCCGAUUUACCCAUUCUGUGGGGAACUCGAUCCUCUUGGAUGUCAGACACCCUAUAAUAGAGCGAAUAUCCCAGGAGGAAGUAAUAGUGGUGGGGGCGAUCGUUCGCACUCGCAGAAAGCUCUUGAGGCAUAUGCUGCGGCUCAAAGGAAAGGAUCAUUGCUGUUCAUCACUCAUGGAUGGCUUUAUCCCAACCGUAUUUACUUACGGGGUGCUCUCGAAGAUCCCACAAUGGCUAGUCCCAGAACAUUGGAAGGUAGCAGGGGAGUGAGAUUGGCAUCUUAUGUGAUUGCUGAAGAGGGUCUUGGAGGUUUCAGAUUCGUCGACGAGCCACUACCUGGCGUCAAGAAUGGCAUUACUCCGGCAGAAAUGCAAGAAGAUACGGAGCUUAGAGGUUUAUUAGGCGUGGGAUCAAGUCCAGAGAGCGCCGAGACAGACUUGGCGCCCCAGGGCGCACAAUCUGUCGAUGAAUUGGAAGUGAUGAAGGACCCUCCUCGCGUCAUGGUGGAAUACGUUCGUCAAGGUUCAGCAGGAAAGAUUGUCCCCUAUACUUUGGAUUUACCCCCCAAGAAAGACUCCUCUGAGUCAACCCCCGUCUGCCUCCGACCUCUCGCUGACCGUCUCCAGGCCUACCUCGGCCCGAUGCAAUCCGAUACCCCAGCUAUCCGCCUACUACCAUCAUCCCUUCAACCACUCGUCGCUAUCAUCCGCCAUUGCGUGAUCGAGAUGGCCAGACUAACUGAGAAAAAUGGGCGAGCAACCAAUCCGGCUUGGAGGCGGCAUGAAGCCUACGCUGUGCUUAAAGCUGGAGUUGGGACUUUUGCUCAAUGGCGAAGAGAGCUAGACUCCGAAGAGAUGGUAGGGCUGAGAAGGAAAAAGCUAUCUCCAGUCAGCCCAGAAGAUGAAGCUAACGAGUGGCCGACGCUGGAGAGGCGUCACGCACAUCUUAUCGCCCAGUUGAGUAAUGCGAUGAUGGAUUCUACUUCUCUCUCCGAAUCUCUUCUACUCCUUUCUACUCAAGUCCCCUAUUUUACGCCUAUCCAAAUGGAAUCACUCCCUCAGCCCCUUAUAGGUGAUCCUGUAGCGGACUUUGGGCCGACGCAUCUCUCCCCAUUCCUGUUCUUUAGCGGUAUCAAUAUUCACAGCCUCCUCAACCAAGCAGAACCUCCAACCCAUCUCAAGUGGAAAUGGACACCUGAGGAAGAUAAAACUCUGCAUAUGUGCUGGCAUGCUUUGAUAGACGAAUUAGAAGACGGUGUAAUUCUUGGGUUGAAUUCUUCCCAGGCCAGUGGUGCGGAGUUUUUGGCUCAGACCAGGACCGCUGUGGGCAGGGAAAGUGCUAAGCGAAGUAAGAAGAAAGCUGCUAAGAAGCACGCCCAAGGAAAGGCAGCGGGGAUGUUCGAUCUCUUAGGAGAUAUGACAAUAUGACGAAGACAUGAAUUAGUUUGAGAUACCCACGGAGUAAAGAAUAACAAUGUUUUCGGUCCUCAGAUAUCAAAGAUCUGUGAGGAGAGGAAGCGAAUGAUGCAUUUAAUCC